CCACAAUGUCUCAACAAGCAGUCGUGCAUGCGUAUCGGCACCUUCUACGACAGUCGCUCCGAGCGAUACAAUUCUCGAAGCCAGCGCGAUUCACGCUCCGCAAUCGCCUCCGCUUAGCGUUCCGCAGAGGCGAUGCCGCCGACUUCGACCAGCAGAAGAUCAACAACACCCUAGAGUUUCUUCGAUACGCGACGGUGGAGAAUGGGCUGGAGCACAAGAUCGUAAAGAAUCUGCUAUUCGUGUGGUGGCACGAAGCGGAGGGAAUCCAUAAGAAGAUAGGAAAAAAGCCGGUGACCCUUCAGGAAGCGGAAAUCAACAUCACGGCUUACGAUACUUUUAAUCAUCAAAUCCGGAUGCUGAACGAGAGCAUGGGAAUGUGCCUGCCGGCCAUGAUCAUACGUGGCCGCACGUGAAAGCCCAGCAAUACUCAUUGCAUUGCAAUCCGAUUACCAGUCGAUCUGAACCCGAUCAUCGAACCAGGACCAAACGCCGUACCUCGCCUUGCCCUCCCCGCUGUGCAUGAAGUCAUAGAAGCAUGGAGUAAAUACCAGCCGAAGGCUGCUGUCUGGGAGAAGGAAGAUCAAAAGAAGUCAUCCAAAAAGUCUGCAUCUCGGUCCUGGUUGCUUGCCUGUGCCAUGUUCUCUUCCGUGAAGAGAUCAUCAUAGGCGUGAUCCCUCUGCCACGCCUUCUCCUUGCGUUCUUUGGCAAUCCGGGCCUCCUCUUUUUGCUGGAAAAAGUCAGUGUGGGGAAUGAGAGGGCAACAUGAGAGGAAAAGGCGUAUCAGGAGACGAAACGAAACUCAAGGGGAUGGGACCUUGGCACUCACCCUAGCUUGCUGAGCCGCUCUAUCCCUCUUCCUCAGCUCCUUGAGUCU